AUGGUCAGUCCUUACUGGCCCAUCAGCCUCCAGAGUUGGCGCACAAGCAGUGAAAACUUAGUUCCCAGUGGCUUAUUUCCUUUUAAGACCCCCUCAAAGUGCACCGAGACUUUGAAUUUACCUUCUGCAGCUUGGAGAUUGUUCAUUGAAAAGGGGAAAGAAAUCUUUGCUCUGAAGGACCUGCAAAGAGAUGAACUGGUGUAUGUUUCAUGUGGAGAACUUUGGAUGGACCCUGACCUCUCUAUUGCUCAGCAAAGGAAGCAAAUCUUCCUCAGAAACCUAGCAUCUGACAUUUCCAAAAUUCAGACCUUCUGCAGCACACAUAAGGUAGAAGCUCUUGUUUUAGAAGUUCAAAGCGACAUUGUGUCUGGAGGCAAGCUUGCUGUGCAUAAACCUAUAGCGAUUUUUGGAGAAGAGAGGCAAGUUAAAGAAGCAAAGGGAAAACAAAUGCAAAAUGAUGUUUUAACAACAGAAAAUGCUUCCAGUGAAAUUCUGUAAAUUCACAUGCAAGAGCAUCUCCAAAUGGAUGCUAGUCGUACAAUGCACAAGUAUGCCUGGCAGGAUGCUUCAUGUGACUCCGAUGAGAAUGACAGACUUCCAAAGACAAUGGAAGAAGAGCCCUUUGAAAAUAUGAAACCAUCAAAGAAAUACAGCCAUUCUCCACAGCAGAAAAUUCCAAAGGUAUGCCAUCAGCAGUUUGAAUACAGAGAGGGGCAAAUCAUAAGCCACGCUGCUCCUAAGCUAGUCUUGGGGGUACAAGGUCCUGACCUCCAUUCAGGCAUGGGGGUGGUUUGGGUGGAGAAGAAAUCUGAAGACAGUCAUCAACGCUGGAUCCACAAGGAUGCCAGCAAGACCUUUCACCUGCUGAGUAACCCAGACCUUGUCCUGGCAGUAUCUAUGACCAAGGCUCAAAAUGAAGCCUACAGCUAUCCUGUUAUUGUUCAGAAAUAUAAGCCCUCCAACAAUGGAACUGCCAAUCAAAAAUGGCAUUACAAAAGAAAUAUGAAAGCCUUUGUGGCCUUUCACAGCACUGCCCUAGAUAAGGAGAUCACAUCAGCAAAUUUUGCCGGUGUCUGGACAUCAUCUGUCAUAAAAGAAGAAAACAUUGAUCAACCAGGAUACUAUUAUCUCUCACCUGGUGGAAAUAAAAAAAUGCUCUGCCUGGCUUGUGGACUAUCCAUGAGAGCAAAGAAAGGACUGAAAUAGUUGGUUCCAGGGAUUCCAUUCUUCUGUGCUUCAGUCUCCAACACCCAGAAGCCCUUAUCACAAGGGCCUUUCAAGGUCAUCAGUGUGGCCAAGGCUGAUUUAUCAUCUUCUGAGGCUGAAAAAACUCUAAGUUAUUAUAAAGAAUGUCUAUUGUCUUUACGGAUGAAGACCUGAGCUCUGCACCAGAACGCAGUGAAAAUAAUUGCAUACAAAAAUGGGGAUGGAUAUCGUAAUGGGAAGUUAGUUGUGGCUGGAACAUUCCCCAUGCUUCUUACAGAAUGCAUGAAACAACUUGGACUUGCCCGAGCCCCCACAGUAUAUACUAGAGAUGGAACCACAGUCUUCACCCUGCGUGAAUUGGUUUUAUGGGCUCUAGAUGAAUCCUGUAUCCAGAGAGAAUCUGAGGAACAAAAGAAAGACAUAAAUCCUGUUGCAACAGAAGAGAUAGCCACAGAAAAAAACCCAAGGAUGAAAGUGAGAAAUAAAUUAUUUUCAGGGUCUGUGAAAUCCGAUAGUUUGGAUAGUAUAGAUAAGUCUUUGCUCACCCUCAUUCUUAGAAAUCCUAUUGCCAUCUGGGUUGCUUUUGAAGCAUUUCUACCUCCAAAUGCUUUACAGAAAGCAGAAAAAUUAGUGAAACAGAAAUGGCUGAAAAAGGACAAAAUUUUGGCUGAUUUAGAUACCAUGAAACACAAAAUGAGAAAGUUAAAAGGGCAGCGAGUAACACCAUGUCAGCCAGCCACCACGGUUCCCACCAAAAGCCCUGCACAGCCGGUAGUGGUUGAAGGAGGCUGGAUGAAACAGACUCAGGAGGAAAUUAAACUUAUGGAACUUAUAAGACAUAUAGAGGCACAUCUUUCUGAAGCCCAAGAACUGAAAUCCAAAUGAAAUUCUCCAGCUGAGACUAAGCACAAAACAGCACAGAGCAGCCUGUACAAGCAACCCGACACAAAACGAGUGUGGGCUUAUCUAAAUGGAGGCAGACCUCAAGAAGGCACUUAUGCCUGGGGCAAGAGCAUUUCAGAGCUGCAGGAUGAUUGCUCCUCUCGGCUCAAAAUGUCCCACCCAGCCAGAAUCCUGUACACCCAAAGUGGGGAGCUGAUUACAUCGUGGGAUGACAUAGAGAGAGACAUGGUCACUUUUGUGUCUAUAGGACAUGGCUUUAUAACCCAAAAAGAGUUAAAGCAACUGAUGGAGGUCAAAGCAAAUUAUGUCAGAACCUGAAGGCAGCAGGGACCUCAAGCCACAGACAUUGUGGUGUCAGCAUCCAUGAAGCUCCUAUCUCUAGUACAUGUACACAAUUAA